CCACUUUUAAAGGAGAUCGAAACCGUCAGAUAGUAGUAUGUAUUUAUAAUAGUGCUUGUAAACCUAAACUGUCAAUUUCUUCAAAGCGUUCAUUCUCGGCUUUUUUUUCUCAACGUCACGGCCAUCUUCACGACUGAGAAAAAAAUCAUAAAAUGUCGGAGAAUAAUGAUGAUACAUAUCAAGGUCAUGAUAUCAAAACUAUCAUCGAGAGAACAGCAGAAUUCAUUGCCAAAAACGGGGAUGAGUAUGAGAAGGAGUUCUUGGAGUCUCAUCCAAAACUCACCUUUUUUAUUAGCUCAGAUCCUAAUCACUCAUUUUACCAGCAGAAGCUUAUCGAAUACCGAAACGCAUCUCAUGAUCAUAAUGCUACUGAUGAUGAUUUUGAUGAUAAUGUUGACAGUAGCAAAAUCAUUCAGCCACCUCCAGGUGGUGUCACAAAUCGUAUCCAGGGAACAGCACUUUACGUUGCUAAAAAGGGUUUCAAGGCUGGGAAGAUGCUCAUGCAAUCUGAAGCUAAUAACCCAAGAUACAACUUUAUGAGAAGAUCAGAUCCUUAUCACGCGUUUUACAAGCAGAAGCUCGCUGAGUACCGUUCUCAAGUAGAUGAUGAUUCUACUGAUUCAGAUGAUAUUACUGAUGAAGAAGUGGUUGCUGCAGCACGACUCAGUGUUGCUCAGGCUGAGUAUAUAUUCUUGCCUAAUCGACUACUUAUUUGUCUUCCUCAUGGGAUGAGAAUCGAGGAGUUUAAUACUAUUAAGCUCACAGCACAGUUUGUGGCGUGGUAUGGUGGUGCUAUUUGGUUGUGUUUGAAAAAUAGAAAGAUUCUUCCUAAGUUUGAGUUUUUGGAGCAAAGUGCUAAAUGGUACUCAUGUUUCUCUAAGUUUGUUAUUGAGUUUUCCAAAGUACUAAUGCCCCCGGCUGAUGUGAAACAAGAGCUGAUUAAUAGUGCUGAUUAUGUGACCACCAUUGUUGACGCUUUUCUCCAACGUCUUCAAUGGAGUGCUCUCCAGCACCAACUAUGGUUGGAGGGAGGAAAGAGGGCUAUGCUUGAUUGGCAUGUUUCUGUCACCAAAGAUUUUAAGAACAAGGACCUUGAGGAACCAGAUCCAAAGAGACAAAAGUUGCAAGACUCAGCCCUUGUUCCAGAAGACCAAGUUGUGUGACAAACGCUUGUGGGAAAUAAAUGCUUCUCAUGAAUCUUCUCUCUUAUUCCUAUCUGUAAUACAUAUGUUUAUAACUCUCUCUAGCUCUACUGAGUACUAACUUAAGUUUGUGUUGGAUUCUUAUCUUGAAAGAUCCCUCUAUAACAUGGUCAUGGUUAAGCUCUUUUGAAUAAUUAGUGCAGUUUGGU